CCCGGACAUAUUACAGUGUAACACAGCAACAAAAAUUUGGGGAUAGUUUGUUGGAGAACGUCAAGCAUUUAACGCCUUAGACGGGGGGCUACCUUCACACACAGGUGUGAAAACCAAAAAGAAGUUCAUCGAAGGAUGUCGGAGUUAAGCGACGAGAUGAGUGAAUCGGAACAGCUUGGUGCCAGCCUCUCCCUUUGGCUGGGUGACACCCUGCUACGACCGGAGGAAUUAGAUGUACCGCUAGAUCUACACACCGCUUGCUCCAUCGGCCAGUAUGACGUGGUGUCGAAGUGCAUCAAAAGAGGAGAAGUAAACUUGGACAACAAGAACUUUGGUGGGUGGACCCCAUUGAUGUAUGCUGCAUAUAUUGGCCAUGACAACAUUGCCAAUCUCCUCCUGGAGGCUGGUGUAAGUGUCAAUGCCACGACAGGCAAGGGCCUCACGCCUCUGAUGCUGGCUGCAAGCUGUGGGAACGAAAGCAUCGCAUACUUUCUGCUGCAGCAAGGUGCUGACCUGGAGGUGAAUGACUCCAGGGGCUGGACUGCCCUGCUUCACUGCACCAGCACUGGCCACCAGCAGAUGGUCAAGUUCCUGCUGGACAACCAUGCCAACGUCAACGUGAGAGAGCCAGGCUCGGGCUUCACUCCACUGAUGGAGGCAGCUGCCUCGGGACACGAAAUCAUCGUUCAGUACCUUCUGGAUCACGGGGUUAAAGUAGACGAGAGGAACUUGAAGGGGGAGACGGCGCGUGCCCUGGCCAUGAUGUACGGACACGCUAAGAUAGCGAGCCUCAUUGACAUGCGCUCUCCCAAAGCCAAACCAGGACUCUUGGAGGAUCUGAGCUCUUCGGAGGAUUCGGACGGCGCUGUCCCCAGAGCGCGUCAGAGUCGCGGCCGAGCUAAAGGACCCAGCAUCCACGACGGGCCUCAGGCCAUCGCCAAGUUCAGAGUCGGGGGCACCAGCAAGCACUGUGAUCCGCCUGUGGCACCCCCAGGAUAUAUGACCUUCGGUGGCGAGCAGAGCGAAGGCAUCUGUAACCGUGACGUCACCUCGCCCAUCAACGAGCUGGAUGGACAGAGCAACAGCAGCAGAGACGAGAGCCCGUUCUUUGAGAACAACAUGCCCACCAUGAGGAGCAGCAGUAGCAGCGAGGGUCUCCCUCACGCGAUAGGCCUCAGCCGCGAAGGUUCGCUGGAGAGCAACGAGGACUCGGACCAGGCCAAGCAGAGCUGCCCUCGCAGGCCCAACAAGGGUCACCACUCCAAAGGCAGGGGUCGCCAUGGCAGCAGCGACACCACCGUGCAGCCUCGUGGUUCAGGGAACAGUGGGAUUCCCUCGUCCGUCGAUCCUCCCUCCUCUUACACAGGUCCCAAGGACCUGGCUGAAUUCCUGGAGCAGAUCGGCUACUCCAAGUACCUCCCCCUGCUGGAGGAACAGGAUAUCGACUUGAGGAUAUUUCUCACUCUGACGGAGAACGACCUCAAGGAAGUGGGAAUCACGCUGUUUGGGCCCAAGCGGAAGAUGACCUCGGCGAUAGCCCGUUGGCACAGCAAUGCCAGGCCGCCUAGCGAUACUCUGGAGCAGGCUUACUCUGACCAGCUGGAGGCAGAGAUGCAGGAAAUGGCUAUUCAGCUACACAAGAGAUGUGAGGAGGCAGAGAGCCUGCAGGCCCAGGUGUCUCAGGAGAAGGAGCUGCGUACCGUGAUGGAGGGGUGCCUGAUGGAGGACAAGAUGGCGUGGAGGAGGGUGCAUGUGGAGCUGGUGGAGGACCACAGGCUGGCUCAGGACAUGAGCGCCACGCUGGAGAAGUCACGUGUCUGUCGGGCGGAGCUGCUGUCCCGCGUCUGUGCCGACGGAAACGGAGGCCAUCUUCUGGGCUCGGAUCAGCUGACUGGCGACUCUGGAGGUAGCGGUGGUGACAGCUUGAAGACCAGCAGCGUACCUGAGUUGGUGAAAAAGUUGGACUCCUACGAAGAAGGAUUGGGAAACACCCUCCAGACCGUGCUCCAGAGCCUGAGGCGUCUGAGCGUCCCAGAGAAGCUCACAGACAGCUGGGAACAGCCCUAGACCACACAGCCCCAGACCACACUGCCCUAGACCACACUGGGGCUGGUGACACUGCUGACGGAGGGUGAGCAUGCCACCCUGAACACACUCAACGGGACGGCGUCCCGGACACGAGGCCAGCCCCGCCCGAGGGAAGGGAGACAGAGAGAGAGGGGAGAGAGAGAGGGGAGAGAGAGACAGAGAGAGAGACAGAGAGAGACAGAGAGAGAGAGAGAGAGACGGGAGAGAGAGAGGGGAGAGAGAGACAUAGAGAGAGCCAGUCCAGACCGACUCUACUCUGGAAACAUGGCCAGAGAGGCAGUUGGUAGUGUGGGCUGUCCAGACAUGGCAGGAGGCCACGGGCUCCUUCAGCAGGGACUCGACAAGCAGACAGGAAGGGGACUCUGUCCUCUCCCACGCCUGUGCUUUUUGGACUGAUUCACUUCCUGUGUGGAAGUGAUCCACUUCCUGUGUGGAAGUGAACCUUUUGAGAGGGGGAGCUGGGUGACCAGCAAGACCCAACGUGUGAGAUUGUUGGACAGUCUUGCUGUGAAAUGGACUGACUGCCUUAGUUGCAGUUAUCCUGUGUGAGAUUGGAGGUAGCAAGUUAUCAAUAACAGAAUGGUAUUUCACCCAAGACUUUUAAGAGAUUUUAACUAAACCAUGUCUAUAAUAAUAUCCAGUUGCUCAAUAAUCACUAUAGACCUAAACAUUUCAAAUGAAAUAAUGAUUGUGCCAUUGGGUCUGGCCUAGGGUUUAGCUGUAGUGUUGAAAUGGAACCUUUUUCUAAUGAAUGGAGAGCUGGGACACAAGCAGAGGCAGUCCGCACCUUGUUAUGAACUAUGGAUCCUGUUUGAAGAUCAACUGGGUCAAAUGUAAUCUUGGUCCUAUCCCACAAGCUUCUAGCUAAUUUGUACUUGUACAUCUUGCAAUGAGGAACCUUACAGAGCUGUAUGUGAUUGUUAGAAAGUAGGUUAGCUGAAUAUGACCUUCACCUUCAGAAAUUCAAAUAAUAAAACAUUUAUUAACUUUUGGUUUCCUGUCCCUGUUCAGUCCAGUAAGAUCAGACAAGUUCACAUCGUUCAAGAGACAACAUUUUUAGCAAAAUAUUUAUUGCCCUAGAAAACACUGUGCUAAACAUGUUUAGUGGAAGAUCUGGAUGGUUAAAUAAUAAUAUUGGCAAAUCAACACCCUCACAAUGUACAUCAAACAGAACUCUUCUCAAAAUAAGUCUCUCUAUUUACAAACAUUUAGGACAGCAAACAUUUUUUCUGCCUAACCGCAUGUGAAUCAAGACCAGCUUCGCAAUACACCGAAGAGCUUAAAAAGGCAAUCCUAGCAAAUAUAUAUAUACUGUCUAUUCACAAACAGUGAUUGUAUACAUUUUAUGAGCAUUCAUCAAUUGGAUAUAAAAAGUGGGUGGGGCAUGUCCCAAACACAGAAUCAUGAGUCUGCUUGUUCUCUUUGAUUGGGUGAUUCAGUGGGCUAUGCUCUGCCCCCACCUCUCCCAGCUCCAACACAGCCACCCUGCUAGACUCUUCUCCCCACGCCUACAGCUAGGCGUACACAGGAAGUGACUCAAUGCAGACCACACCCCCUGGUGCCAUGACCCAGACCCCCGGUAGCACGGCCCCAGCCUGGUGUGCCAGGCCUAGGGGUGAGGAGGAGUGCUCCCACUCACCCACACAGCAGCAGGCUGGGCAGCUGGGCUGGGCGGAGCUGGGUGGAGCUGCGCGGAGCUGGGCUGGGUGGAGCUGGGCUGGUUGGAGGUGGGCUGGGCGGAGCUGGGUGGA